AUGGAUGAUAGCUCGCCGGAUCUAUCGCUCAAGUUGCGACGGGGGUCAAGCGACUCGAGGGAAUCGUUCUACAUGGAUUUUGCCCAGGGUAUCGACUCUGAUAUCGAAGAAGUUACAACUAUUGAACGGAUCAUACCGGAGCACCCUGGUGGAAGGACUGAGGGAGAUUCUGACACUCUCGCUACUCCGUCGGGACUUGAAGAUAAGGAUUUGUCGCAAUAG